UCUCUCCGUCGUCGCAGCAAGCGCUAUUGUAUUUACGAUUCUCGCACCAUAACUCAACUUUACGCGCCCACAAAGGCCCUAAAUCCUGCCAUCCCGUGAUGUCGACCCAAAUCCCUGCAUCCCCACAGUUCUCACACGCAUCGCACAACUCUCCAUUCCUCGACGACAACUACCGGUUGUACAUGCAAUUCAGCCCACGGCAAGCGACUUCACAUGCUGUACAACCACGCCCCAUGCGCCUUAUCAGACCCAUCGACUUAACAUGAAGGCCCAAAUUGAAUUACCUAAUUCGUCAAUAUUAAUUAACACACAUUCCUCGCUACAACCUACAGG